GUCAACGGGCGAACUACCACGUGGUCACUCCACGUCCUAUAAAUCAAAAACUUUCUUACGUCAAAUCAAUGGAUAUAACCUAACACGCGCGUUUAGGAUAUUAAGAAUAAAAUGUGAUUUAUUUGUUUUGACGUCGGGAUGGCCUUUUGAUCACUUAUUGAUGAGUGCAACAGUGACGUGCUGUGCUGUGCCAAUGAUGUGAAUAUUUUUUCUGUGUUGUGUUGUAUAAAAAAAGGAGUUAUGAGUAUCCAAAAGUGUUUGCUGGAUAAUUCCAGCAGGAUGAUCAAGGCGAUGUCGACUGCUAAGUCGAGCACCAGUGAAGUGAAGAUGGGCGUCAAUAGUGGGCUGAAAAAGGUCGGCCUGGCAAUGCUGUCACUAUCAGUUCCCAUCAGUGAGAAACACAAAAAAACAACCCGCAGCUGGAUAGAGAGCACGUUUCAGAAGCGAGAGUGUAAAUACUUCGUGCCCAGCGCUAAGGAUGAGCACGUAUGCUGGUGUGGACUUAGCAAGACAGCGCAUGGUUCCAACACACAGACCGCCAACCCUGGAGAUGCAUGGGUUCCAGCCAAGCAUACGCAGUCAGCUCCAACGGACGCCUAUGGAACUGUGGAGUUCCAGGGCGGACCGCAUCCCACCAAGGCCCAGUACGUCCGACUAUCCCACGACACAAGACCUGAACUAAUAGUCCAGCUGCUGACCAGAGAAUGGGCCCUCGACCGUCCAAAGCUACUCAUCACGAUCCAGGGGGGUAAAGCCAACUUCGACCUUCAACCGAAACUGAAGAAGGUGCUACGGAAAGGUCUGCUGAAGGCUGCGAAGACCACUGGAGCUUGGAUCUUUACGGGAGGCACUAAUACUGGUGUGACCCGUCAAGUGGGUGACGCUUUACAACUGGAGCGAUCACAGCGUGCUGGCAGGGUUGUGAGCAUCGGUAUAGCACCUUGGGGUAUCGUGGAAGGUGCCAACGAGCUCAUUGGUAGAGGCAGAGAUGUGCCUUACCAUGCGAUAGCUUCGCCGAGAUCAAAACUAGCAGUACUGAACAACAGACACGCAUACUUCUUGUUAGUAGACAACGGGUCGGUUGGGCGGUAUGGCGCAGAAAUCGUUCUAAGAAGAAAGCUUGAGAAAUACAUCGCAGCGCAGAAACUACAUCCUUACACACACUCUUCAACUCCGGUGGUCUGCUUGGUGAUAGAAGGAGGCACGAACACAGUGCGUGCGGUGCUGGAAUACGUGACCGACACGCCUCCGGUGCCGGUCGUCGUGUGCGAUGGCAGUGGGAGAGCGGCAGAUCUCAUUGCUUUUGUUCAUAAGUAUGCAUCAGAGACAGGCGAGCAAACAGUCCUGGAGUCCAUGCGCGACUACCUCAUCAGCACCAUACAGAAGACCUUCGAGGUGGGCUUGCAGCAAGCAGAGCUCUUGUACGGAGAACUGCUGCAGUGCACUAGGAAGAAGAACCUGAUCACGGUGUUCAGAAUCCAAGAACGCGCGGAAGGCGGCGAGGUCCAGGAGUUGGACCAGGUCAUUCUGACAGCACUCUUCAGGGCACAGCACCUGUCUCCAAGUGAACAGCUAUCCUUGGCGCUGACAUGGAACCGAGUGGAUAUUGCCAGGUCCGAGAUCUUCGUGUAUGGACAGGAAUGGCCACCAGGUGCUCUCGACGAGGCAAUGAUGCAAGCUCUAGAACACGAUCGCAUAGACUUCGUAAAACUCCUUCUAGAAAAUGGUGUGUCGAUGCGCAAGUUCCUCACAAUACCUCGUUUGGAAGAGCUUUAUAACACCAAGAGUGGGCCCAGUAACACUCUCAGGUAUAUCCUAAGAGACGUCAGGCCACAUCUGCCGAGGGGGUACGUUUAUACGCUGCACGAUAUUGGACUGGUCAUCAAUAAGCUAAUGGGAGGUGCAUACAGAUGUUACUACACAAGACGCAAGUUCCGUCCGAUCUACGCGAAGGUGAUGAACAAGAGUGUGAACGUGCAUCGCAACAGCGCUUCCUUCACCAGGCACAACGCUGGAGGACUGUCUCUCAUCACCGGGUUCAUGCCUGUCACUACUGAGAUGGCACUCUUCGACUAUCCUUUUAAUGAACUUCUUAUGUGGGCAGUUCUAACAAAGCGUCAUCAAAUGGCUCUACUCAUGUGGACGCACGGUGAGGAGGCUCUAGCCAAGUCGCUGGUCGCCUGCAAGCUCUACAAGGCCAUGGCUCAUGAAGCGGCUGAAGAUGAUAUGGAGACUGAGGUCUAUGAAGAGCUGAGGCAUUAUGGCAAGGAGUUUGAGAACAAAGCCUUGGAGCUUCUAGACUACUGCUACCGACAAGACGACGAUCAGGCUCAGCAGCUGUUGACUUGCGAGCUGCAGAACUGGUCUGGUCAAACCUGUCUGAGCCUCGCCGUGGCCGCCAACCACCGCGCGCUCCUCGCACACCCCUGCUCACAAAUCAUCCUCGCCGACCUGUGGAUGGGAGGGCUCAGAACAAGAAAAAACACCAACCUAAAGGUAAUUCUAAGCCUGCUGUGUCCGCUGUACAUUCUCCAACUGGAGUUCAAGUCGAAGGAAGAACUGCAGCUGAUGCCGCAGACGGAGGAGGAACACCUCGAGAACGAGAGCAUCGAAGAUGAUAGAAGCACCAAGGACCCCACGGAUGCCGAGGCGUUGAUUGGCUCAGGGGCCGAAUGCGAAACUCGUGUCGAUCAGAACGGGAAAGUUGGUAAAAUAGGAUGGGAGCCUUCGUACCGAGAGCUGCCGGAGCCUCACGCCCCCGAAGACAAGAUGAUGAGGCCGCUCAGGCUAAAGAAGAAGAUUUACGAGUUCUUCACAGCGCCUAUCACCAAGUUCUGGGCCGAUUCGAUAGCCUACAUUUUGUUCCUAUUGAUGUUUACAUAUACAGUAUUAGUCAAGAUGGACCCGACGCCGUCUUGGCCCGAGAUAUAUUCUAUAUGUUAUGUAGUAACGUUCUUAUGUGAGAAGAUAAGGGAAAUCAUUACGUCCGAACCUGUUGCUAUUAGACAUAAGUUCAGCGUAUGGGCGUGGAACCUAUGGAACACGUACGACGCCGGCUUCAUCAUAUUCUUCCUGGUGGGGCUGACGCUACGCCUUCGCUCCGUGUCCAUGGACGUCGGCCGCGUCAUCUACUGCGUCGAUAUUAUUUAUUGGUACUUAAGGAUAUUGAAUAUAUUGGGAGUUAAUAAGUACUUAGGUCCUCUAGUCACAAUGAUGGGUAAGAUGGUAAAAAACAUGAUAUACUUCGUGGUGCUAUUACUGGUGGUGCUAAUGUCGUUCGGAGUGGCGCGGCAAGCGAUACUGUAUCCAGACGAGGAAGCUAGCUGGCAUCUCAUCAGAGAAGUGUUCUUCCAACCAUACUUCAUGUUGUAUGGCGAGGUGUUUGCUCCAGAUAUCGACCCCAAGUGUGGGAAUAACCCGGGAGAGCCCAAGUGUGUGACUGGCAGGUGGAUCACGCCCGUCGUCAUGACCAUAUACUUGCUCGUCGCGAACAUUUUGCUCAUAAACCUACUUAUUGCCGUCUUUAACAAUAUAUUUAAUGAAGUCAAUGAAGUCUCGCAUCAGGUGUGGAUGUUCCAAAGAUUCACAGUAGUGAUGGAGUACGAACAGAAGCCGGUGUUGCCACCUCCACUAAUAACGUUAUGUCACAUAUACGCGAUAGGCAAGUGGGUGACCAGGAACGUGUCGCACAAACGCUUCCAGUACGACAAUGGGCUCAAAUUGUUUUUAGAGAAAGAGGAUAUGGAAAGACUUUAUGAUUUUGAGGAAGAGUGUGUUGAAGGGUAUUUUAGGGAACAAGAAGUUAAAUUGUCUAAUUCUAUAGAAGAGAGAGUAAGAAAUACAACUGAUAGGGUAGAACAUAUCACGACCAAAAUGGAAGACUUGAAUCAAAAAGCUAAUUGCCAAAUACAAUCGGUUCAGAGUGUAGAAUUUAGGUUAAGAAAGUUAGAAGAUGUGGCGGAACAGACAAUGAAUCACUUAGCGGUGAUCCAUCGGUUCAUGGCGACUCACCCGUCGCUUGUGAACCGAGGUUCCACUGACACCCUGGGACCUCCACCACCUACCUUCCAGGCUGGAGCGGCUAGGUUAAGAACUGCUAGUGAUCGAUCUGAGGUGCUGUCGGACAGCGACACGGGCGCCGCGCGCUUCGCGGUACGCCCGGUCCAGGAGGAGGACGAGCGAUCGCGACCCUCCGAUGAUGAGUUGCCACAGUCGGGGCCCGAAGCUGCAGUGGAGAAGGAACCAGAAGCUGACUCGAUAUCCACGUCAUCUGGGGAGGGUCAUGCGGGUCCUAACAUCACGGUCGUGAAGGCACAACCUCCCAUCACUCCGGCCAGACAGAGAUCCUCCGAUAGCAACAGGACUGAACCUAGUGAUGAGAAGAAAGAUAUCUACCUGCCUCCUCGUCUAGUAGCGUCGUCAACAGAUGAUGCAUUCCUACCUGAAGUUCGCGAGGUACCGUCAGAUCUACACAGCCUGCGACCGCGCACCACUUCAGCUGGAACCAGACGUACUGCCAACACGAGACGGAGACGGUUGUGGAAACAGCGUUCGGAGGGCGGCAACGACUGCGGCAUGGGUGGCCACUACUCCGCCCAACACCUGGCGCCGCGACGUCAGCACAGCCAGACGCACUCCGAGCCUGAUAACUCUGCUGUCGACGCUGGAUCAGUACACAACUCUGUUACUGGGACAAGCCGUCAGUCAGGUUGGGAGGUUACAGGCGGGGCGGCAGGCAUCCCGUCGGGUCGCAGCCGGGUCGGCGGAGCGCCGCGUUCCCUUCUGCUCGCCAUGCACGAGUACACCAGCAUCACUGAUGAGCUGGAGACUGUGUAUGGACUCUUCUCUCCGCCGCAUACGCCCAGGACACCAAUAACCUCUCGUCUCCUAUCACCGGCUCGAGCGGCCUCGCCCUCGGUCCGCCGGCGCCACGCCAGCGAGAUGUCUAACCCUGAGUUCGCGCUCUUCAUGGAGAAGGAACACCUUCGUGGCGCUGAAGAAGAUGACUACAUCAUUAUGGAGAAUCUUAUCCAGAGGCGCCUAGCAAUGGGUGGUCUGGACAGAUACGAGGAGGAGGAGGGCGGGGAGGGCGAGGGCGGCGAGGGGGGUGGGGUGAGCGGCAUCAGCAUCAGCGUGUGCGUCAACAGUAGUGCGGCUGAUGAGCACGCCGUGCCGCCGCAGACCAGCACGCUGCUCACUGUUAGUGACCGUCGGCUGCCGCAUCAGAGGCACUCGUUGAGAAGAUCAUCGGCUAUCGACAGUCGCGAGCUGCCGUCGCCGCUGCAACCACUGUUGGAUGAUGAUGCAUGCGGAGAAGUACUCCUACCUGUACCGAGGCAGCCUUCUGGCGAUACAAACGCAUCAAGCGAGCUUUCCCUCUCGCACAUGGUGAGCGAGAACCUCCCUCCCCGGCCGUCCAUAGUGCUGGACUCGUCGCAGCUGCCGCGCCAGCGCUCCGCCGACCAGCCGCCCUCGCAGCCGCCCGCGCCGGCCAGGCCCGAGACCAUGUGCUGAACCUGGCUGGAAACUAGCAAAACCAACAAAGUCAACAUUCAAGACACAGCCAGCUCGUAAAGGCGACAACCAAAUAAAUUACUAAAUAACCGAACAGUGACGGACUGACUUAGCGGAGUAUUAGUCAUAAUAUUUUUAACACCAAAUACUUAACGUUAGAGUUUCGACGACUUGUAGCGCCCUUGUAGGCCUUUUGGGACCCUUUUCAAUGUUACCUAGUUGAUACUCUCACCACUUGAUAUAUAGGUUAGAGAGUCUAGCACAAGUUUAGCGAACUUUUUCAUUUCUGUCAAUUUUUUAUGCGAUUUUUGGGUCUUGAUCCCUGAAUCUAAAUUCCUUCUUAUCGACUGGUAAAAGUCCACGUUUUUUUAGCUUUAUACAUUUUCCGUACUCGCUAAAGAUAUUUUGAAGAAAGGGGUAUCAUUACAACGAAACUAAGAAUCUAUUCUACUACAUUUUAUGCAACUAGCUAAACCUACUUUGCUAUUAUAAACUUGUGCUAGGUUCUUGAAAGGUCGACUUCAUACAAUAAGUGGUCUGUGAGACCUACAGUGUACGCUUAACAUCUACUUACGAAUAUUGGACAAAGUUUCUGGAACUUUGUUACGUAUUUGCAUUGUAUGGAGUCAACCUUCCGUACCUAUAUGUUUCGUGGUCUCGUCUUCUGUGUGAUGCUAACAGACUGAAUUGUACACAAUUCUAAAACUAAUCAUAUCGAUCUUUUCAAUUACUACAACUUUUCUAAACUUAGCCUUCGGUUCUGUUUGUAAACCUAUAUCAAUCAGACACUUGCGUUAGUUACCUUAUAUAUCAUACCUACUUAUUUCAUCUUCAAAGAAAUCAGUCGAAUAUUAUUAGGAACAUUCAUUACGACGAAGACUGUGAAUUACGUCUAUUUAUUUUACUUAAAAUGGGCCUUGUGCUUAAUACUAUAAGGUUCAAUAUCACUUCAGUCUAGCUUUCUCCUUCGUUGGAGGGAAUUUAUAUUUAGCUGUAAAUACGCCGAGUGUUGCUAAUUUAAUAUAUUGUCUGUAGAUACAUGGUCCAAUGCAUGUCAUUUCGUACUCGUUUCACUUAGAUCGGAACUAAGGAGUAGGAUCGUUUUGUACUCGCCUACUUUAUUAGUGGAGAAUUAGCAUAAUAUGUCACAAGUGCUGAGGACAAAACGCUUCGACGUGAGUUGUCCUACUCUCGAGGUUUGUACAUAGCUUUAUAAAGAUAUUGUACAGAAUACGGUUCAGAAAUAAGAACUAAGAGAAAGACAAACGACAAUACUAGUGCUCACUUUGUAUAUACUGUUGUCAGAGUUAAAGGAUUUAAUAAAAUGGUACUGAGGUUUAUUAGUUAGGACAUAGUAGUUAUUACAAUUCGGAUGCAUAUAGUAUGAAACCUGUUGAAGUUUAAGAGUUUACGCUUCCUCGAAGCUUUCGGUCGGUGAGCACUAAGCCGCGUCUCCGUUGUUUUACCAGUUUCUAACUUUGAACAUAUCAGAUGCAAUUACUAAAGUAAGUCAUUAUUUCUGCAAUCAAUUACAGUUUUGGAGUUUUACAAGUACUUGUGUAUCCCGUUUUGACUUUACUCCGCUUUUUUACCAAGCUUUCAUAUAAAAAAUGAAAUUUAAAAUGCAGAAAAAUAACUAAUACGUGAAUGUAAUAAUAGUUUACUUGUGACAUUUGUGAGAUUUUACUUUUACGACCAAAUAAAAAAGCGGAGUAAAUGUAACCUCUAUUUUAUUUGAUGAUUGUUGAACAAUUUAUUAAUGUACAUUUUAAUACUUAACACUUGAAUACCCACUGUAAUAAAAUGGGUCAUAAAAUCUAUUUUAAAAUAACUGUCGGAUAACGUAUCUGGCGAACAAUUAUUUAAUAAAGCUACCAAAAGUAUUUUAAUUAUUUCGAGUCCCCUCAAUAAAUAACGGUCAUCACAAUGUGUUCAAUUAUACCAAAUAUUUUGUGCAAAUUUUUACCAUUUUUAUUAUAUGUGCAGUACAAUGAAAUUAAAUUCAUCUUUGUAAAUAAUCGUAGAAACAUGAAAUUUAAUAUGAAGGUGAUUAUUGUAUAUUUAUUAGGAGUUUAAUUAAUAAUAUACUGAUUAUAUUAUAAUAGAAUUAUUAAGCAUCGAUGUAUUGUUAAGGAGAAGUGAUGCAAUAAAUUAUUUUACUUUUAGUAGACAAUUAAAGGGGAGUUUUAUCAUAUCUCUUGUUCGCGUCGGUCGGGCGAUAUUAAUAAAGCAAUAAUUUUGUACGUACCUACUUCAUACAUAUUUCUAUGGCUUUGUAAGUGCUGAAAACGCAACAAUAUUUUAUAUUUUCGACACAUUACGUACUUAUAAUGUUAUGUUUUUAAACUACCAGCACAACCAAUAUGACGUAUCAAAUACUGUAGUUAAUUCCUAUGAGUAUUUUUUAUCUAAAAUAUUCGCGCUUAAUCCAUGUUUCAUUUGACCUAAAUACUUUACGAAGUAGUAACAUUCUAAAAAGCUUUCAUGAUUCAAAAAUUCAAUCAAAGCAUUUGAUGCGUCAAAAUGAUCGCGCAACUAUUAAAUAAAAUGACCUUUUCCAAAGUACUUACGCCAGUAAUCGUAAUAAUUUCCGUUGAGAGCGUUAGGAAAACUUUGUGGGGCAUAUAAUACGUAGUUGGGGCAAUAAAGGGACAGUAGCCGGCCGGUAUCCGCACUAUAUCCGUAACGGAUAUCUCUACGGACUUGUUAUUUUCCCGAUAACCGAAGAAAUUGUGCCUGCUAACGUCUUCUGUGAAGCAUUGGAAAGCAGUAACGUUUGAAAUCAAUAUUGAUUGAUCGAAAGUAUAAAUGCAUGUUUUAUUCUAUAAUAGAAAUAAAUUGAAACAUUUUAGUUAAUAAUACACAAUCGUUUUCAUUGCACGAGAACACGUCCUCAUUAUUUGAGAUUCACAGAACAGAGGAAUUGAAACGUUAAGCUGCAUGUUACGUUCCGAAUAGUCCAAUUAAGUAUAUUCCAUAUAGUUUAUGUGUAUGAAAUAUUUUACGGAGAAUAGCGAAUAAUGUAAUUGUACAUAAUGUGUAAAUGUUAAAGUUGUUAUUUUUUACCAAAAUGUAAUGUUGUAAGAGCGAGCGAAGCGCUUCCAACAUCCCGAUGCUUUACGAGCACAAUCUUUGAAUCAUCAUUUUUAAAUCUUAGAUCAUCUUUUAUCUUCAGCACAACGUUUUGAUUAAUCAAGAGAAACGACUUGUCCUUAUUGGGAUAUUUUAUUCUAGACUCGAUUCAUUCAAUAUUUUUCAGAGUGAUAAAACUACUUCAUCUGAGUUAUAAAGUAUGUACAAUGGUAAAAUAAAUAUUAUAUUUGUGAUAUUACAA